CACAGAAGAACUUCAGAGACAUCCAUAUCCCCUCCUGGCUCCAGCAUUGGUUCUCCCAACCGAGUCAUUUGUGCUAAAGUGGAUAAUGAAAUCCUUAAUUACAAAGAUUUGGCUGCUCUUCCCAAGAUUAAAGCCAUCUACGAGGUGCAACGCCCUGACCUCAUUUCUUAUGAGCCUUAUCACAGAUACACUUCGGAUGAAACACUGGAGAGAUAUAGCUAUGGGGAGUCUCUUGGAACCUUGUCUCCAUAUUCUCAGGAUAUUUAUGACAGCAUGGACAUCAGGCAGAGGCGAGCAUCCAGCCCAGGCUACAUAGACUCACCCACCUACAGUCGCCAAGGCAUAUCUCCCACCAUCCCACGCUCUCCACAUCAUUAUUACCGCUCAGGGACAGAGAGUGGACGCAGCUCCCCCUACUAUAGCCAGUUAGAUGUGAGGUCUUCUACACCAACCUCAUACCAAGCUCCUAAGCAUUUCCACAUUCCAGCUGCUGCAGAGAGUAACAUCUACCGGAAACCACCCAUCUAUAAAAGACACGAUUCCCACUCUGCAGCUACAAAAAGCAAAACUAGUGAAGACAUCUCUCAGACCUCCAAAUAUAGUCCAGCUUAUUCUCCAGAUCCAUAUUAUCACUCAGAAACAGAGUACUGGACUUUUCAAGGUUCACCCAAAGCUCCCCGAGUUCGAAGAUUCUCAUCAGGAGGAGAAGAAGAUAGCUUUGAUCGAGGGAUGCACAGAAUCCAGACAGGAAUUGGCCGAUUGAUACUGAAGGAAGAAAUGAAGGCCCGUGCUAAUUCAUACAUGGACCCUUGGACGCCUCCCCGCAGUUCAGCGAGUAGCAGAGAAGCUCUUCAUACAGCAGGCUACGAGAGCUCCUUAAAUGGCUCACCCCGGUCACACUACCUGGCAGACAGUGAUCCCCUCAUUUCAAAAUCUGCUUCUCUUCCUGCUUACAGAAGGAAUGGGAUGCAUAGGCCUCCCAGCGCUGAACUCUUCCACUACGACAGCACAAAUGCCGUCAACUGGGGAAUGCGAGAAUACAAGAUAUACCCUUAUGAGUUGCUUUUGGUGACAACCAGGGGGAAAAAUCGCUUGCCCAAAGAUGUGGACAGAACUCGGUUAGAACGCCAUCUGUCUCCAGAGGAAUUUUACCAGGUGUUUGGCAUGACUAUUGCUGAAUUUGAUCGCCUGGCUUUGUGGAAAAGAAAUGAGUUGAAGAAGCAGGCUCGGCUCUUUUGAAAACAGUAUAUAU